AUGCCUCAGAAUUCCGGCGAGAAUGGCAUUGAACUGCAUUCAAUGACGUUGGUGACGAACGCGAAGGAAUCUUCAAGCAUCGACUGGACCCAAACGCAGAAAAAGUUUGAAGAUUGGGUAGAUGAUGGAUACGAGGAACUGAAUCGAAUGCAAGAAGCGCUGGAGCCCCAGCAGUGUGGUAAUGAUGAUGCCAGGUCAUUGUAA